AUGGGCAGUGUGGAGUCAGCCCAGCUGACCAAUGACAGUGAGCGACUUUUGCAGAUGGAAUCCAUUCGGACCCAGGCUCUCAUGAAUCACCACCGCUACGAGGCUCACGAGUCACUUCGGGCAUCUCUUCUUCGCAAGAGUCGCCCCUUGCGCGGAUAUCGUCAAGGAGUUGUCCUGGCCCUGGAUCGUAACCCUUCUUCCAAUGUGGCGGCCAAUAUCUGGAUCCGGAACUCGCGUGGCCGGAUUGUUCAGUGUUCCCCAGAACAAUGUCGUCCUAUUGCCGGCGAGCAAGAGUGGUGGGUGCCUGAUGAGCAGGACUUGGAGGUCUUGAAAAACUGUGAUGAGGAGUUGUGCAUUCAUCCUCGCGCUUUUCGAGCCCUUGAUGACCGUCCCAGUCCUGCCGAUGAUAAAAAUCUUUUGGACAAGUCCGCGGCCGAUUUCAACAAGACCGCUGACGAGCCCCUGGAUCCGGCUUUUGACUUGGGCUCACCUGUGCCAGCGACUCCGGUGGCACCAGCCACUCCUUCGGCGCAGGCUCCUAGGAACUCCUCGGACCAGAGCACGCUCCCGUUCUACUACCAGGAGGACAACAGCGGGCGAACCAGACCGGAAGGUUGCUGUCCGGAUCAGACCGGUAUCUACCGAUUCUGCCACCUGAUGUUGCUGUUGGCGAAUUGGGUCCUACGUCUUCAACUGUGGCCAGAGCUUCGACAGAUCCCAAUUCAUCAACAGGACUGCGGCGAGCAGUACCGCAUUUUUCCUCAAGAGUGCCCACGAUGUGGUGGUCAAUGCCCGGUGUCAUCUCCACUUCAAGUGACGUCUUGGCUUGACGAGGUGAAGGAGAGGGAGGCCUUCGAUCAAAUAGUGGGUGUUCCAAUGACUCGUGACGAGUUUGUGCCUCCUGAGUACCGCUUCGACAAGCCCGACGAGCUCGACUACUACCAGACAACCGCAAAUGCACUCGUUUCUUCACCCACAACCACGGAGCCAGCUAUGCACCGCUUGGAUAUACUCCGUCGUCACGGUCGAGGCGGCCACCUUCGACACGGAUGGGACGGUUCUCCGUCCGAGGUGCAACCUUUUGUUUUCGGCGAUGCCUUUCUCACAGCCGCCCAUCUCUCUGGAGCCGAUCAGCCUGAGACGCCGGAGAUCACUGUGGAGCGCACCUUCAUUACCACGUCUUCGCCAGCUCCCAGCCUUUCAGAACAAUUGGCUAAGGUCUUCUCCGGCGGCGUGACUUUGAGCACGCCCGGCGCGGGCUCCCUGACCCUGGGCUACUUUAGCCAUGGACGCCAGCUCGGCUUCACGAGAGACACCAUGCGCCACAAGCACUUAGCCCGAUAUUUGGGUCGAUAUCUUCGCUUUCACGGCAUGAUCGGCGACAUCAGCAGCAUCUUCAUUUCGAGCAACGUCCACAGCAUGUACCAUACUGACCGACACAAUUCCAGAGGCAGCUUGAACUGGCAGGUGUCCUUUGGCCAUUAUGUCGGAGGAGACCUUUGGGUGGAACGCGAGGACCACGACUUCAAGUACCACCUCAUGGAGCGACGCAAGGUCUUCGGCCAACAUCGCUAUGGAUACGUUCUCGACACCCGGAAGAAACUUCAGUCAUUCCGUCCUGAUCGCCGACACGGCUCAGACGACUUCAUUGGCGAUCGCCUGGUCAUCACGGCUUACCAGACCAGGUUGAUUGACAAGGCCCCCUACGAGGACCUUGAGGAGCUCAAGAAGUUGGGUUUCCGCUCCAAGCAGUCGAAAGCCAGCCCUAUGGUCCUGAACACCACCGAGGUUGCGGACUAUGUGCAAGGCUCGGACUUGUGCUACGUGCCGGUGACGGAAGCGUACCCCGUCAAGGAGCAGUCCGCGGUGGUCAAGGAUUCAGAGCGACUUGUUGCCUUGGAGUCCUCCACCAGUGAGGAAGAGGGCCAUGAUGGAACCUUCGACUCUCGGAGGGCGGAGCUGCAGGCCAGGAAACAGGAAAUUCACUGGCGAAGCCUCACGGAGGAGGAGACGCCGGCCUUCGUGGAAGCAGUUCGUAAAGAGUGGGCAGAGUGGCUACGAUGGUCAUCGUGCAAGGAGGUGCGAGUGAAGCCCAAUGAAGUGCCAGCGCACUUGAUCUUGCGCAGCAGACUAUGCUACAGGUGGAAACCGGUUCCGGAAGGACAACGUGCUAAAGCUCGGAUAGUAGUCGCGGGGUUCAAGGAUCCCCACCUGGGCCUCCUCACAAGAGACGCGCCCGUAUUGGCGCGAACUUCUUUCCAUCUGAUCCUCCAACGGUCAGCCUGCCACCGCGUGAAGCUGUGGAACGUGGAUGCCAAAUCGGCGUUUUUGCAAGGAGAGCCCGAUUCAGAACGUCCGGAACAGAUUUUUAUGAAACCUCUGCAAGACCCCGUGGCGCUGGAGGCUAUUCCACUUUGGCGUUGCAAGGAGGUGCUCUACAAACUAUCUGCACCGGUGUACGGGCAAAGCAACGCGCCGAGGCGCUGGUUCGAUCACUUUGCCAGGGUCCUUCGGAAACUUGGCUGGCAACAGCAUAGCCUAGAUCCCUGUCUUUUCCUUUGGCGUGAGGGGAACAUGGUCACGGCUGUCUUGGGUCUUCAUGUGGAUGAUCUCGUGGCAGCAGCACUGCCCGGGGCCGAGGAGACCCUUAACAAAGUCGAGGCAAGCUUCACAUGGGGCAACCCUUGGGUCUGCGAGGACUUCGCCUUCAUCGGCCGCCGAGUCCGACAGCAUCCUGACGGCUCUGUGACGGUGGAUCAGGCCUCUUAUGUCAACGAGGUUCCCACCACCAAACUGAAGCUGGCUGAGGACACCCUCCUGAGCCUCCAUCCGGAGUUGGUCACGGAGUUUCGCCCAGGCAUUGGCUCGCUCCAAUGGUUGUCGAGUACCACUCGUGGAGAUGUGGCAGCAGAUGUCAGCCUCAUCCAGCGUCCUCCGAAAGAACUGACGGUGGCCGACUUGAAGGAAGUCAACAGCGUGUUUCGCUACAUCAAGGCUACCUCCGAGGCGAUGUUCAGGAUCGUGCACGUGGACCUCGACUCCCUCGUCUUCGUGGCUUACGGCGACAGCGGCUUUGCGAAUGCCCCGAACAACAAGAGCCAGGGCGGUCUCGUGAUCGUGGCAACAGAUCGCCAGGCCUUGCGGGAACCUUGUGAUGCUUCGCUACUGGAGUGGAAAAGUCAUCGUCAUCAGCGAGUUCUCCGUAGCACGCUGGCGGCUGAAGCUUCUGCUCUGGACCGGUCGUACGACCACGCCCGCUUCAUGGCUAUGGUCUUCAGCGAGAUGGUGUAUGGCGACUAUGUCUCGACGAUGAAUGAAAGGGCCAAGUUCGAGGUUGUGCCAGUUACAGACGCCAGAAGUCUGUGGGACGCUGUCCACCGGCUUUCCACGACGUUUACCGAGAAGCGUGUGGAAAUUGACGUCGCAGCGCUGAGGCAAUCUUGUCAAGGCUUAAGAUGGGUCCCGACGGAGCAGAUGCAUGCUGACAGCAUGACCAAGCGCUCCCGUAGUCUUCGCGAUUCUUUCAGACAGUGGAUGGCAGAGCCCAGAGUCACUCUUGUCGACAGCAAAUCCUCAAAGGAUGUCGCUGAAGGACCUGCCGCGAACGAGGCGUGGCGUAAGUGA